AUGCGCUUCUUCAAGGUCCUAUGCGCGACGCUGGCCCCGGCCGGCCUCGCCCUCGGCGCGGCGCGCACCGCGUCCCCGGUCGAGUUCGACCUCGACGCCCUCGAUGAAAUGCUCGCGAGCCGCAACCUCGUCCUCAUGCCCCGCUCCGAGCUCACCGAGGCCCUGACAGAGCUCAAUGGCCUGCUCAAGAAGAGCCAGCAGGCCGAAGCUGCCGCCUCCGCCGGCGGCAAGAGGGCACCGCCGCUGUACCCGCGCCAGAACCUCAGCCUGCCCGGACUCGGCGACGGCGACGGCAGCGGCUUCGCCGAGCUGCUCAAGACGCUGACGCACCUCGGCCAGACGCUCGACACCAUCAUGGGCCUGCUCAGCGAGGAGUUCCUCAAGGGCCUGCACGACUCGAUGAUCUACCUGGCCGCGACGCUGCGCCCGCCCUUCCCCGACCAGGCGCGCUCGCUUAUCACAAAGGCCGGCAAGCUGAUCGACUCGCUCGACGGUCUGGACCUGGCUGGCAUCAUCGACAUUAUCAAGGACGUCGACAUCAAGGGCCUCGUCAACUCGGUCAUUGGGCUGCUCACGCCCGAGACUGUAAACAUGCUCAAGGGCCUGCUCAGUAACGGUGCAGACCUGUUGACUAAGGACUUUGUCGACCAGACCAAGGCCCUCAUCGGCGGCGCUGCACCGCUGCUCGACAGCCUAAAGGACAUUGAUCUGAAGAGCCUUAUCAACCAGAUCACGCCGCUGCUGGACAUGCUCAAGGACCUAGACCUCAAGGGUCUUCUUGAUGCCUUGUCUCCGCUGCUCACACCUGACUCCGUCAAAGGCAUUGUUGGUCUUCUCGGCAAUGCUGAGGACCUCCUGACCAAGGAAUUUGUGGACCAGACUCACUCCCUGAUCGGUGGUGCCGGACCUCUGUUGGACAGCCUCAAGGACAUCGACUUGAAAUCUCUUGUAAAUCAGCUCGGCCCGCUCCUAGAGUCUCUGGGCCAGAUCGACCUCAAGGCGCUGGUCGACUCGCUCAAGCCGCUACUCACAUCGGACUCUAUCAAGGGCAUCAUAGCACUGCUGGCCAAUGCCCAAGAUCUUCUGACCAAGGACUUUGUAGACCAGACAAAGUCUCUCAUCGGCGGCGCCGGGCCUCUACUCGACGGCCUGAAGGACAUUGAUCUCAAGGGCCUGAUGGAUCAACUUGGACCUGUGCUCGAGGCUGUGGGCAAGAUUGACCUCAAGGGUCUCGUUGACUCUCUGUCGCCACUCCUCACAUCUGACUCGAUCAAGGGCAUAAUCGGGCUGCUGAACAAUGCCGAGGACCUCUUGACCAAGGACUUCGUCGAUGAGACGCACGCGUUGAUCUCAGGCGCUGGCCCUCUGAUCGAUGCUCUGAAGAAGAUUGACCUCAAGAGUCUGCUCGACAAGGUGACGCCUCUCCUCGACAGCCUGGGCGAGAUCGACCUCAAGGGUCUGGUGGACCAGAUCGGGCCCGUGCUCGGCGAGAUCAGCAAGAUCGACCUCAAGAGCCUGGUCGAGGCCGUCUCCCCGCUGCUGACGGCCGACUCGAUCAAGGGCAUCAUCGGCCUCGUCGACAACGCCGAGGACCUGCUGACGGCCAACUUUGUCAACGAGACCAAGUCGCUCAUCGGCGACGCGGGCCCGCUGCUGCACACGGUGAGCGAGAUCGACCUCAAGGGCCUGCUCGACAUGGUGACGCCGCUGCUCAAGUCGCUCGGCAAGAUCGACCUGGCCGGCCUCGUCGACGACAUCGCGCCCAUCCUGAACUCGCUCAAGGACAUCGACCUCGAGGCCAUCUUCGACGCCGUCAAGCCGCUGCUCAAGCCCGAGACGGUCCAGAGCAUCGUCGGGCUGCUGCAGUCUGUCGGCGAGAUCGACAUCAAGGGCCUGCUGAAGAAGUUCACGCCGCUGCUCGACGCGCUGCUGGAGAUUGACCUCGACGGCCUCGUCAACGCGAUCAAGCCUCUGCUCGGCGCCCUCAACCACAUUGACAUCAACGGCAUUGUCGACGCCAUCACGCCCAUCAUCACGCCCGCCACGAUCAAGAACGUCAUGGGCCUGCUGGGUAACGCGGAGCACCUGCUCACCGAGGGCUUUGUGAACCAGACGCAAGAACUCAUCUCUGAUGGCGCACCGGUAAGUCUCAUGGCCUCUCAUUCUCACGCUCUGGCGAUAAAGAUACUCAUGCAUCUUCCUCUAGCUCGUGGCUGCGCUUUCAGAAUUUGUGGUGACGCUCCUGAACGCACUGCUGGGCGUGCAAUCAUAAUGUACGGACCAGAGUCGUCCUCCUUUUCGUAA